AUGUGGAGRUUAAAAAUUGAUUGGGAUAAGCCGGUACCAGCGAAAAUGCACGAGGAGUGGACAAAAUAUUUACAUGAGUUAGCAAACUUGCGUGAGUUGAAUAUACAACGUUUUAUAUGUACGGAAGAUAAUUGUAAUAUAGAGGUUCAUGGUUUUGCUGACGCCAGUUUAGCCGCUUAUGGYGCACGUAUAUACGUACGCACGACAAAUAAUAGUGGCGUUUGCACGUCGCAUUUAUUGUGUGCAAAAUCUAAAGUUUCGCCUUUAAAAGUUAUAUCRCUUCCGCGAUUGGAACUAUGCGCGGCCGUAAUUUUAGUAAAGCUGUACAACAAAGUAAUACCGAAAUUAGGUAUAAAAAUACAACGUCGUUAUUUUUGSUCGGGUUCUUCAAUCGUCAUAGCUCGGAUAACUUCACCCUCUAYGCGUUGGCAAAUAUUUGUUGCGCACAGAGWAGGAGAAAUUCACGACCUCAGUUCAAUAAAUGAAUGGCACCAUAUUGGAACUAAGGACAAUCCCGCGGAUAUUAUUUCGCGAGGAUGUAGUGCAAAAGAAAUUAUAAAUAGCUCGAUAUGGUGGCACGGACCAAGCUGUUUAACCAACGAUCAUAAAAAUUGGCCAAAGACGGUUUGCGAGUUAAGAUAUACCGAAAUACCGGAAGAGAAGGGUACACAGAAAACUGCUGCAUUUUUAGCACAACCGGUAGUAAACGAAAAAAUAUUAAGCAAGUAUUCAUCGUGGAAAAGAUUAUUACGUAUUUUUUGUCAUUGUUUGCGUUUUAUAAACGAAAAUUUCGAAUAA